AUGAGGUGGGCGCGGCUGUGCCCUCACUCCUCCUCCACCUCCAUGGCACCCGCACGGGCAUGUUUAUUUCCGCAAGCAGGAGCGCACGCGGCCAUCAUCCUCAUCACCUUCAUCGUCCUGCAGCUCGGUCUGUGUGUGGUAGUCGCUCAGCUCGAUAUGGCAAACAAGAGCGUUUUGCCAACCAAAGAGCGCGCGCUGAAGGGCAGGGAGGAGAAAGUGGUCGUGGCAGCAAAACACGCCACCAAUGGAAACACUACAGUGGAGCCAUUUCCCGAUGGGAUGGAGAUGAUCAUGUUUGGCAUGGGCUGUUUUUGGGGAGCAGAAAGGCGUUUCUGGAGGAUCGCCGGUGUGUUUUCUACACAAGUGGGCUAUGCUGGAGGCUUCACACCUAACCCUACCUACCAUGAGGUGUGUUCAGGUUUAACAAGGCACACAGAAGUAGUGCGAGUGGUCUUCUCUCCCAAAGAUGUCAGCUUGGAGAAACUUCUCAAAGUCUUUUGGGAAAGCCACGACCCCACUCAAGGAAUGGCACAGGGGAAUGACCAUGGCACACAGUACCGUUCUGCCAUCUACACCUACAGCCCAGAACAGCAAGAUCUGGCCAUGAAGAGCAAACAUAUGUACCAGGAGGCUCUGAGCAGGAAAGGCCUGGGUGAAAUCACCACAGACAUCCAGCAGAACACAGUUUUUUACUAUGCUGAAGAUUAUCACCAGCAGUACCUACACAAGGUGCCGAAGGGAUACUGUGGGUUAAAGGGCACCGGUGUGAGCUGCUCUAUCGCAGAGGGGAGAGAUGAACUAUGACUUAGAGAUCACAGACAUAGACCUACUUGUUUUCCAUGUUAAAGGUGUUGUGUGUAAGUUGAAUCUUCUAAAGCAGGAAAAAUACCAUAAUAUAUUUGCAGAUAUUUAAGAAACAUGAUCGUCUAUCUGAAUAACAAAGCUAAAAUCAGUGUUUCUUCUUUGAAAAUGUUCUGUCCUCGUUGGAAGGUUUGUCUUUGUUUUGGUCUCUUUAACUUGCCCACCGCCAGUUUAACUAAUUAUAUUUCAGCACUGCUGGUUGCCUUAGUAUGAAGGCUGUCUUAAUAUACGUAUGCAGUCGCGGCUGAAAAUACAAACUGAAAAGGUGUAACAGCCUUUGAAAUGAGACGCAGAUUCAGAGUCCUAAAAAUCCACAUUAGGUGUUUUUAAUUCACAUGUAAUAUAAAUGAUGUAAACAUGGCAGCACGGUGGUGCAGUGGGUAGCACGAUCGCCUCACAGCAAGAAGGUCGCUGGUUCAAGCUCCAACUGGGUCAGUUGACAUUUCUGUGUGGAGUUUGCAUGUUCUCCCCUUGUUCGCGUGGGUUUGCUCUGGGUGCUCCGGUUUCCCCCACAGUACAAAGACAUGCGGUAUAGGUGAAUUGAAUAAGCUAAAUUGGCCGUAGUGCAUGUGUGUGAAUGCAAGAGUGUGUGGGUGUUUCCCAUUGUUGGGUUGCGGCUGGAAGGGCAUCCACUGUGUAAAACAUAUGCUGGAUAAGUUGGCGGUUCAUUCCGCUGUGUUGGUACCCCUAAUUAAUAAAGAGAUUAAGCCAAAAAGAAAAUGAAUGUAUAAAUGUAAACAUUAGCUGAGAAGCUUGCAUUGUAAGGCUUGAUUCUCAGGCAUGCUUACUACUUUUGGUGUCAUCAAUCUGGCAACCCGUGUUUGCAUGGAGUUAUACAUUUAAUAUAGUGGCUAAUUUGUAUGAAUUUGUACAAUUUAGUACGAUUCGAUCGUCCACCAAUGACGGUUGGGUUUAGGGGCAGGGUUGAAAAU